AUGAGCCACUUGCUGAUUCCCACCAGCAGCCACCACAACAGCAGUCGUUGCACGGAAACGGAAGAAGACUCCUCGCACGGGUGUAGUGUAUUAUCACCGUUUGCCUCACCUACUACAACGAUACCUAAAAGCAUUCGUCUUUUCAGCAAAGAACAACAACAGCAACAACAGCAACAGUUAUCCGUGCCUGCCAUUAAUAUUGUUCGCAACAAUAAUAACAAUAACAAUAACAAUAACAAUAAUUCCAACGCAACAAUGGUCAAGAACAUUCGCAUGGUGCGAAUGCAGCAACAACUGCAACUGCAGCACCAGCAGGAACAACAAACGACGAUACAACCUAGCAAGUCAGAAGACAAAUCAGAAGACACGCCCACGACUCCCACCACCACCGCCACCACCACCACUACCAACAUGAAACGUCCUCGACAGUCGUUCUCGUCACUCGAGAAAUUGGAAUCCAAUCAACUGCGAUUGCUCGAGGGAACCCUUCAAGAAAUUCAAAAGUCUGGUGUACGCAACAGCAACAGCAACAGCAAUAGUGGUAGCAGAAUUGGCAAGCGAACUCUCAAGAGCCCUACGGACUGGAGCAUGAAUUCCAGCAUUCCCGAAAGUGGAUCCGAUUUGAACGAUUUGCGAGAAGAAUUGGAUCAUGCCGAGAGUGUGUAUUCUCGCAAGACUGCGGAUGCUACCUUUGGAGACGAGGAAUUCUCUUCUUCUUCGGAUGGUAUGAUUGCAGGAAACUUUAGGCCCAUUCCGUCCCAGGAGGAAUACAACAAGUACAAGGACAAUGGCGAUGAUCAUGAUCAUGAGGAUGAUCCAGCAAGGCAAUUCACCAACCAUGUGCCUUCGCCUCUGCGGAUCAAUACGUCCAUGCCACCAAGUAGUAUGGGUAUUACCAAUACAAGUAUGAGUACCGCUGCGAGUACACCCAACUCGUUCAACAUGACCACCCCGCAAUCAUCGCAAUCAGGAGGCAUGUUGUCCCAAUUUCAUAACAGCAACUCGCUCCUAUCCUUUCCACAUGUCAUGGAAACGGUAACAGAAGGCAAGAUCAUAGGAGCAGGAGCAGGAGAAGUCCAACCACAAGAGCAGCAGCAGCUACAACAGCUACAACCACAAGAGCCCACUGCUACUAUAACGCCUUCCAAGGCCACCAGCACCUUGCAACAACCGGAAGAAGAAUCUGCUACUCAGGAUACCUCCUCUCCGGAAUCGAGCUCGAAUACAAUCCCAAACGAAGUCUUUAUCGUCAAGGGAUCCUCAGCUUCUACCAGUCGCACAGUUGUGUCCACAACAACCUUUGAGACUGACAUGCGUCCUACUACUCCCAAUCAACAACAACAACAACAACAAUAUCAUCAUCAUCCGCAACAACGAGAUCGAGUGUCUACGGUCCAGUCCGUCAUGACGACUCCUGUCCAUUCGCGGGAUUGGGCGUCGGUGGCCGAUCCACCUCGCAAAAGCUUUACCGCACCUCAAUUCCAACGACGACAUUCCAGUCAUACGAUUAUUGCCAAGUCUCCUUCAUCCUAUCUCAAGAGUGCUCAAUCCCCAGUCCACGAACUCGUCAAGAAACAAGAACGCAAGCGCCUGAACCUAAAGGCGACCAUUGAUUCGGUGCGAAGAGCUCACAAUUUCAGUAGCAACAGUGUGGAUUCUCGACUGACUAUCUUGCAACAUGAAAAGGCGGCCUUGAAACAAACCAUGGAGGCGGAAAAGCUAUCCCACCAGCAAGAGAUUUCGUCCAUGGACCACAAGAUCAAGUUUUUGCAACGUCAACAUGAAUUGCAAGCGGAACAACAAGAGGGGGUUUUGGGAUUGACUCAAACUCACAAUAAGUUUCUCAAGGAUCAAUUGGAGCAACUCAAACAAGAAUGCGAACGUUUGCAACAGCAACACAAGCACGAUCGGGUUCGCCAACAUCAGCAACAACAAGAGCAGCAGCAACAGCAGCAACAGGAAAGUCCCAAUGACGACUUGAUUCAGGAAAUCAAACGAUUGCAACAAGGCAAGAAGCGACUGUUGGAACAGCACGAGCAAGAAUUGACCUCGAAACAAAUGGAAUUUGAGGCUUUGCAAACAAAACUCAAGAAUUUGCAAGACCAACAUGUGCGCACGGAAAAGUCGUUGCAAGAACGAUUGCAAGACGAACAAGUCAAAAUUGCCAAAUUGCAAGAUCGAUUGGUCCAAGUGGAAACGGUCGAAUUGACCAUUGCCAAUCAAAAGAUCUUGGUCUUGCGAGAUCAAUUGGAGACGGCCCGCGACGAAAAGCAAGAUGUCUUGAAAGAGCAAAGGGCGGCGUUGAUGCGCGAGGAUGAAAAGUAUUCGACUCUGGUCCAACAGCAGGCCAUUCGGGCCAAGGCCAAUCACGACGAGAUUUCAACCUUGAACAGUCAAGUUUCCGACUUGCAAACUUCCCUUCAAAGGCUCGAAUCGUUGCGAGUCAAGGACCAAGAACACACCAUGUCGUUGGAGCAGCAAUUGGCCGAUUCGAUGCAGCAGACCAAAAAGUCCACGGCGCAAAACAGUUCCCUUCAAUUGAAUUACGAACGUUUGCAAGUAGCGUUGGCAACAGUCCAACAAGAACGCGACUCAUUGUUGACAAGUAAAAAAGAACAUGCCCAAGUACAGGAACAAAUGAAAUUGUCCUUUAUGAGCAAGGUGGCUGUUCUCGAGACCGAGUGCUCUCGUCUGCAAACGACACUCGAGCAAGGAAUUGCCAGUCAAACGUUGGAAAUUAGCAAGCUCCGUGGCAAUCUGGACUUGGCCGAAAACGAAUGGCAUGCGCAACAAGCCACCAAUAAGGAAUUGGAGGGCAAGGUGGAGAUUCUGGAGCAAGAACGUGAGGAAUUGCUGGCGGCCCAUGCAGCCGAACUCGACAAGAUGGUCAAUGCCAACGUUUCCUUGGCUCGCAACUUGCUCAAGGACUUGGCGUUUGGGUUGUAA